AUCGUCAUGCUUUCCGCCGGCGUACAAGUCCGCGCGAGAACGCCGCGAGAUCGCGACGCGUUUUCGCUCCCCCUGCGAAGCUCUCCGUUCCCCGUUCCCCGUACAGGCGUGAGCGAGCCGCAAGAACGCCAACCGAAAAAAAGGGCAGGUAGGGUCGUGUUUACGACUGUUGCGUCGCGCGACGAGUACGCAUGCGCCGGGCGUCACUCAGCUGCUCGCGCGCCACUACCCACGCCCAAGAAGAGACUCGAGACCGACGAGACCGCGGAAGACUCAACUCCAGUGGUGGGGAUACAACGUGUGUACGCUGCUGCAUUAUUACGAAGAUCGUUUUGUACAAACCAACCGCUUGCAGAGUGCAACAAAGCAUUCGAGAAAUUUAAAUUAAAGCAAGCAAAGAUGCAGGUAUAACUUUAUUCAAAGCGAUCUUAAAAGCUUGACUUAAGAAUUGCAAGCAUCGUUUAUUCCACUAGUGCGACGACGGGCUUCCAGUCUACUUAAAGGGUGGCUUGCGCGAUAAAGUGCUGUUUAACGUGACGCUAGUUAUGCUCUUGUUUAACACAAUCCUAUCAGUCUGCGCAAUUAAGGAGCUCC